CACUGGUUAAAAAGGAAGGUUAGCACGCUUGGUGUUUAGCUGGCACAUGUUGGUGUUGACUGACUGGCUUCGGGUUAUUUCGGCUGAUGUGUGGCACGUUUUGAACUUCCUACCCAAAAAUGAAAAGCAGCAAGACCCUAAGCUCCUGGUGUUGGCCUUUGGUUCUUCUUGUUUCUCUUACCAUCGCAGAGAGCCGCCAGGUGUCGUACAACCCGCGCAAAGUUCAAGGCCCGAGCAGGACGUCUUUUGCUUCCGUGCUGCCUCAGGACGUCGCUGGUCCUUCUAAGCCCGUCAGUGUCACGUGUUACUCGGACGCCAUCGAGGUCGUGGUCCAAGCGGACUUGUUCGACACGGGACUUCUGCUAGAGCCGGAACAUCUGAGUCUGGGUUCAGGGCCGGCGAGCAGCGGGCGGGCAUGCCGAGCUUCCGUCACGGGAGAGAGGACGUUUACUAUCCGGGCAGACCUGCUGGACUGCGGGACUCGACUCUCGUCAACUGGAGACAUGAUCAUCUAUUCCAACAUGCUGGUCUACUCACCCGAGCCGUCAAUGGAGGGCUUGUUUCGAUUGGAUGCUGCAGCUAUCCCAGUCGAGUGCCAUUUUGACAAGAAGUAUCCGGUGGAUGGUAUUUCCCUGCACCCCACCUGGGUUCCUUUGGUGUCUGUAAUCUCAGCUCACCAUUACAUAGACCUCCAUCUGCGCCUUAUGACUGACAACUGGCAGUUUGUGAGGCGUUCUCAUACCUACUUCUUGGGAGACCCCAUGCACUUUGAAGCAUCUGCUGUGGUCCGAAAACACAAACCCUUGCGAGUUUUCGUCGACCAUUGCGUGGCCACAGACAGUCCUGACCCGCAAGCCCUGUUAAGAUACAACUUUAUUGAGCGUGGAUGUCUCAUGGACGCUUUGCUGACCAACUCUAGCUCUCACUUCCUGUCCAGGCUGGACGAGCAUACGCUUCGAUUUCAGCUCGAUGCAUUCAGGUUCCACCAAGGGCCAAGUAGUCAGGUUUACAUCACCUGCUGGUUAAGGGCUGUCCCAACCACUUCAGCCAUCAGCUCUCACAACAGGGCCUGCUCUUUUGUUGACAAGUAAUAUCCUCUUUUAGUCUAACAAUAUAGUACACUUCACUUGAAGUUUCUUUUACACAAGUACACUAUUUUACAUUUUAUUUCCUUGUGCAGAUGGAGGUCCGUGGACGGGAAAGACCCGGUCUGUAGAUCAUGCGAUCCUGUUGCAGUCAAAGAAAAAACCACAGAAACAAGGCUAGCCACUAAGUCAGAGCAGAACUUUGCUCAGAACAAACCUAAACAACUGACUAGUUUUCUGUGGGUCCGGCCAAAAAUGUCUCCAAGUCUCAAAUCUCAGCAGUCUUCUUCUCGACUGACCAAGAGAGGAGUAGACUAUGAAGCAGGGGGUAUCGUCCAGUUUGGACCACUUACUAUCAAAUUGGAGAGUAACAAAUCUUGAAUCAAGAAUGGCAAGUUUCGACAUGACCAGUGGACAAGAACUUCAUGGACUCAUGCACAGGACAGUGACUUGAUCUCAAUGCAUCAUUGAACUGCUUUCUUCAAUACACCUGUUUUACAACA